AUGAGCAAAAUACAGGUGGCACAUGGCAGCCGACUAGCAAACCUCAUCGAUUAUAAACUGAGGGUUCUCACUCAAGAUGGCCGGGUUUACAUUGGGCAACUGAUGGCAUUCGAUAAACAUAUGAAUUUAGUGUUGAAUGAGUGCAUAGAAGAAAGGGUACCCAAAACUCAAUUAGAUAAAUUAAGACCGAGAAAAGAUUCCAAAGAUGGAACGACCUUGAAUAUCAAGGUAGAAAAAAGAGUAUUGGGCCUGACCAUACUAAGAGGAGAACAGAUUCUAUCUACUGUGGUAGAGGACAAGCCGCUACUCUCUAAGAAGGAAAGACUGGUGAGAGAUAAAAAGGAAAAGAAACAAGCGCAAAAGCAGACGAAGCAAAGAAAAGAGAAAGAAAAGAAGCCAGGAAAGAUAGCUAAACCGAAUACAGCCAAUGUCAAGCAUACUAAUAACAGUGCUAGAGAAAUCGCACAACCAUCGUCGAGCAGGUACAAUGGUGGCAACGAUAGUAACAGCGCAAAUAGGUCAAGGUUUAAUAAUGAAGCACCUCCUCAAACAAGGAAGUUUCAGCCUCCACCAGGUUUCAAAAGAAGAUAA